UUCUCUUCCUUCAGUGAACCGCGAGCCGCAGCCCGGAGUGAACGUAUUGAGCGUGUCGCAGCGAAAAGACAACAGUAAUUUAAUUACUGCUAAUUGGUGUUACCUUCGACAUAGUGUGAUAAACCCGCGUCAAUAAAACAAUCAACUAAUUUGAAGACACACUUUUCUUACGAAAAGUUGUAUUUCUAGAAGGCAAGGACAGUGUUUUGAAAGUUCUUAUUGCAGGUCAAUCUGAGUGAUAUUUUUUCAAUUUGUUCAAUACCGGGAUUGUUGCGUGUUGUGUUACGGAUUUUUGAGAUCUCCGAGCAUACAGCAGAGCCAAACACAUUAAUCUCGGCGUAAUAAAAAUACCGCAUUGAAGAUUCCCAACAAUGUCAUAAAGCUCUCACAAUGGCGCUACGACUCAAGAAAGACAUCAAAAAGGCGUCGUACUACGUGUGGUUCCUGGGUGCGCAGGAGUCGCGGGGCCUGCGCGGUGAGGAGUUCGCGCUCCCUGCCAUCAGGGUACUAGAGGAAAGGGCUCGGGACUUGGAACCUUUUAAAGUUACACUACAGGUAUCCCACAAGGGCCUGAAGAUAAUCCAGAACGUGACGGCUAAAGGCAAGCAGCAGACGAUCAAGCACUUCAUUCCGCACGGUAGUAUCACCAGCGCAGUCGUCCAGGCUGAUGUGGUGGCGUGUGUACUGCUGCUGUACAACCCCGUCACCGGCUGCCCCGUCCAUGUCCACGCUUACAGAUGCGACUCCGACCACACAGCUGAAAUGCUGUACACGCACCUGCAAGCGCUCAUAGACAGGCCAGAGAACCAGAAGAAAUUCGCCGACAUUGAACGCAAACUGCAAAUGAGGGGGGCGCUCCCCUCCACCAAGAAACCCCCAGAUUCCUCCCUAGGGAGCGAAGUCUCAAGAGAAUCAGACUCGGGAAGUAACGAAGAGCGCUGUGUUGCCAACUUAUAUGAUAGUCUAGCAGCUGAACUGAAACAGAAAUUGUCGACAGGUAAAAAGGGACUAGGCAAGAGCCCCAUUUUACUGCCUCCCAGAGACUACGAUACGGUCCACAGACAGAAGGGCAACUUGAGCAACAUCGACACCCGUCGUUGCCUCAACCAGAACAUCGUUGGAGUCAACGCGCGCCGCAAACUGGAGUCUUCUGGAGGCAGCUCCGGAAUAGGCAGCGAUCUCGCGCCAUCGCCAGAGAGGAAUGAGUACGCGAGACAGCACGAUAACCACAGCACCAGCGAGGAAGAAUGGGCCGAGAGUACUGCGUACAUGAUGCACGAAGCAUUCGAGGCUUCACCUCGCCGCGCCGUCUCUCCCCGCCGCGCCUCCCCGCCGGCCGCACGACGCGCCCUGUCUCCCCACAGCUACGACCGCACACCAGCUUACGACGAUUACAACGACCAGUACCGUGACCAACUUGCACCCUUCAGAGAACAAUCAUCAUUCGAUCGAAGGUUCCGCCACGAAUCCCUCGAACGGGUCAGCAAAGACAAGCCGGACAAAUUUAAUGACGAUGCUCCGAGUUAUAGGAGAAGAUACAUCACAGAUUCCAAACCGUCCAACAGAAGCAUUGACAGGGUGGAAGACCGUCGAUUUGGAAAGCUACAGAGAGGAGCCAGCGAAGGGAGCUUGAAAGUAGCAGAGAUAGCAUCACCCAAAGAUCGGUUCAAUGUAGCGAAAGAGAAAUUUAUGAACCUGGAAAGAGAAAGGUUUAAUAGAGAGUUGGAACAACACAUGGCUAUAAGGAGGAGUAUGUUAGAACGCAACAGUCGCUCGACUUCUUCCCCAGAGGAAGAAAUAAGGGACGAGCGGCCGGAGCGUCAUCGAGAGCUCAACUCCCGGAGAGAACCAGAACGUACCCACCGGGAGCUGGACCGUGCUCACAGGGAACCCGAUAGACGCAAAGAUCCCGAGAGAGUACGAGACGUGGACAGAGAUUUAGCACACAGAGAAAUUGAAAGGCUACCACGCGUCAGCAGAAAGCGUGAUGACAAUAUGAAGCGGUAUGAAUAUGGGGCUGAGGAGUAUUUGAAUAGAAUAGAGCCCAAGCCUCAAAGAGAGGAAUUUGACCGAUACAGAGAUAGAAGGGAAUUAGACAGACGCAUCGAUGAAGAUGAAGUUUUCGAGCCUGUUAUAGAAGAAAGAAGACGAGACUGGACAGACAGGCAAAGAGCAUUUAGCCGUUCUCGGCUCUUGGAAGACCAUCGCCAGUCGUACGCAGAAGGAGACAGAGAUAGGUAUUAUGACAGAGACUACCCCAAUUUCCGCGACCUCGCGGAACGUCAGCCGGCAAAAUUUCGCCAUAGCUACGCGGAGCCGAUACCGAGGGGGCGCCUGGGCACGGUUCGACCGUAUUAAAGUGCAUGCCAUAAUAGAUUUUUAGCCCUUGCUAAUGAAUAUGUGACAAAGCUGUUAAGCUUCAUUGUUUAUGAACUAAGAAGGCGGUGUCUUUCGGUUGGAAAGUCACGCCGAUAUGCGGCUGCAUUGUUUUGGGUUAGAGAUAAUAAAAUAAAUACAGAUUCAACUUUCCAUGGUCGCUCAUUCACAUUACUUUCGUUUAUUAUUAUGUUCACACGAACAUACUGAUAUGCGUAGAAAACUGAAAAAUAACGGUCAUAAUUUUAAUGCGACCAUUUUUAUAAAAUUGCGAGUCAUUAUGGCUGAGAAAAUACCGUACUUGAUAUUUUAGUGACGUCCAUGGAAUAGUGUUUUUUUUAUUGAUCCAGAACAAAUAGAUAUGUAUCUAUAUGAGUGUAGUCUAACGAUAAAAAUAUAUCAACAAAUGGGUGUAUUAGCUAAUAGUCAUUCGAAUCAUUCUAAGUACCAACCCAAUAGGAUACAAUUGUACUUAUAAAUACUCAAUUGCAAGCAGAUUCAAGUCAAGAAUUCAAGAUUUAUAAUAUUGUAAAUAUAAAUUACAUACCUGUAUUAAAAUUGACUGUCAAUUCUAUUAGCACCUAAGGCAUACUAAAAUUAACAUCUCUAAAACAUAAGCCAUAUAUCAUUUUAACGAUAACUGAAGAUUUGCCAAUUUUAGUGUAGUCUUAUUCUAAUAGGAUUGGCAUUUUGUUAAAAAUUAAUAUUAGAGAUAAUAAUAUGUCUUUAUAAAUUAUAAUUUUUCUAUAAAACAGACGGAUGUAUAAAAUUUUGUAUUCAUUCGAUUUGUUUCUUCAAAGAUCGUAUUAAUUACAGAUAAGAUUUUAACUUUUUUCUUAUAGAUAUUUUUUUUACAAAUUAUUUUAAAAUAAUUUAAAUGAUAAAAUAAUUCAUCAUAUAAAUUUAUGAAAGCAUCUUUUAGAGAUCUUCAUAUUCAUUUAUGAAGUCAUCAAAAAGUAUUAACUAUUUUUUUUUUUGAUUUUACAAAACGAAAAAUAUUUAAAACUACAUACAACAUAUUAGGAAUAUAUGACAACGAGAUUAUGUUAUAAAUAAAUAUAUAUGUUUAUAUAUUCGUUGUAUUUUAUAUGUAUAAUAAUAAUAAUAACUUUAAGUCAUAUAUAAAAUGUAGGUACCAGUGACAAGUUUCUUAUUCGUGUCCGUCCGAAGUACUUACAAAAUAUUGUAAAUUAAUUAUCAAUAAAACAAUUAAUUUAUCUCGGUUUUU